GCGAAUUUGUUGCAAUAAGUUUCUUUUCACUCAAAUAUUGCUUUAAAUUAAAAAAAGAAUAAAAAAUCAGAAAAAAAUUUCAAAAAAAUUUUCUACUCGAAAAUUUCAUAAGGGGUACCCCUUGCCAUUUUUUUGAGAAAUUUAGCAAAAUUUAAAAAUUUGUUUUAUUUUAAUGCGAAAUUGUUGCAAUUAGUUCCUUUUCACUCAAACAAUGCUUUAAAUUAAAAAAAGGUAAAAAAUAAUGAAAAAAUUGAAAAAAUCUAUAAAUUCGUCAAUCCACUAAGGCUCAUUUUCGGACCAAGUUUUGCCUAUAGCUCGGUCGGUAUCUAACGGAUCUCCAAUCUUUGCCUGUGGUCGAUAGAUGGCACCAAUGGCUACAUUUUCUUCGUGGACGGCCAUGCCCUCAGAUGUCUGUGCCAGAAGUUAUGCGAGGAACCAAGUUCCUUACCCUGUUUGAGAAAUUGUAAAAUUUUCCUCAUUUUCGCACCAAAUUUUGCCUAUAACUCGGUCGGUAUCUAACGGAUCUCCAAUCUUUGCCUGUGGUCGAUAGAUGGCAUCAAGGGCUACAUUUUCUUCUUGGAUGGCCAUGCCCUCAGAUGUCUGUGCCAGAAGUUAUGCGAGGAACCAAGUUCCUUACCCUGUUUGAGAAAAUGUAAAAUGUUCCUCAUUUUUCUGCAAUUCAGCAAAAUUUUUAAAUGUGAUAUAUUUCAUUGCGAAUUUGUUGCAAUAAGUUUCUUUUCAAUCAAAUAUUGCUUUAAAUUAAAAAAAGAAUAAAAAAUCAGAAAAAAAUUUCAAAAAAAUUUUCCACUCGAAAAUUUCAUAAGGGGUACCCCUUGCCAUUUUUUUGAGAAAUUUAGCAAAAUUUAAAAAUUUGUUUUAUUUUAAUGCGAAAUUGUUGCAAUUAGUUCCUUUUCACUCAAACAAUGCUUUAAAUUAAAAAAAGGUAAAAGAUAAUGAAAAAAAUUGAAAAAAUCUAUAAAUUUGUCAAUCCACUAAGGCCCAUUUUCGCCCCAAGUUUUGCCUAUAACUCGGUCGGUAUCUAACGGAUCUCCAAUCUUUGCCUAUGGUCGAUAGAUGGCAUCAAUGGCUACAUUUUCUUCUUGGACGGCCAUGCCCUCAGAUGUCUGUGCCAGAAGUUAUGCGAGGAACCAAGUUCCUUACCCUGUUUGAGAAAAUGUAAAAUUUUCCUCAUUUUUGCACCAAAUUUUGCCUAUAACUCGGUCGGUAUCUAACGGAUCUCCAAUCUUUGCCUGUGGUCGAUAGAUGGCAUCAAUGGCUACAUUUUCUUCUUGGACGGUCAUGCCCUCAGAUGUCUGUGCCAGAAGUUAUGCGACGAACCAAGUUCUACGUCAACACGUGUGCUGUACUAAUCGUUGUCCACUUUAGACAUUGGAAAUGUGGAAUCUAGCAUUUAUGUGCCGGUUUGUUUUGGUUCCUUUUUCUUCGAUUAGCGUGGACUGGCGUUGAUUAGUUUGAGUCACAGGCGUCUUAUCAGCACUCAAAUAAUUGCUCAUCACAUAGAAUUGCUCCGCUAGAACAACCUUGCCAUUGGUUCAUUGGUUAGCAAAAAUUGUACACAAACAAAAGCAUCGAAUGGAUGAGCUUUCCGUGCCGGGCACACAAAACUAUGGUUUAUAUUGGAAUAGCAUCACUGGAAGGCUAAGGCAGCAGCGACAGUAAAUAGGCAUGCCUUUCCUUAUCAGCGCUGAUAGUCGUUUGCCACAGGCCUAGCGUAUUAUCUAGACUCCGAGGAAUGCGAUCACAUCAGUCACAAGCGAACAGCGAUCGUGUACAGUUUAUAUGGCCACCAGCCAUUAUUCAAACUCGAUUUAAUCAUUCCAUUUCUGAGUUUCUUCUCACUUGCAAAGGCGAUGCUCCGUGUGGAUUAAGUGUGCUUUUUUUACCAAGAAAUGAAUACAAACAAGCCGGAUUCCAGCAAGCUGAAUGGUGCAGUGCUGCUUGAAUGGAAAAAUCUAACCGUUAGUGUACAACCAUCAUCGUCCAACCGAAAAUUGGCAUCCGCAAACGAGUGGCAUGGUAGACCAGGACAUCAAAAAAGGAAAGAAAUCACUCUACUUCGAAAUGCCAGUGGUGCAGUACGAUCCGAUAAUUUAGUGGCCAUUAUGGGCCCAAGUGGUGCUGGAAAAACAACGCUACUGGCCGCCAUCUCGAUGCGAAUUACGGGUUCUACUACCGUUCAUGGAAAGGUGCUUAUCAACGGCCUGUACGUGACCAGGACGCAGAUGAAACAGCUGACCGGAUUCGUACCACAGUACGAGAUCGCCCUACAGACACUGACCGUUGCUGAGCAUCUAACCUUUGUGGCUAGACUUAAGAAUGUUGGAUACGUCGUGGUGUUGCGGAUCGUCAACGAGCUCGGACUUCAGGGUUGCUGGGGAACACGGAUCGCUCAGCUGUCGGGCGGUGAGCGAAAGAAGGUAAAUUUGGCCGGCGAAUUGCUUACCGAGCCGGAGAUUCUUUUCUGCGACGAACCAACUACUGGAUUAGAUAGCUUCAAUGCUGCGUCGGUAAUGAAAACACUGCAGUGUUUGUGUGCCAACGGUCGACGAGCAGUCAUAUGCACGAUUCACGAUCCGCCUUCGCAGGUGUUUCAGUGCUUUAGUGACGUUAUUCUGAUGCAAGAUGGCGGAACCGUGUUCUACCAGGGACCAACGGCAGAUCGGAUAGAUUUUUUCAACUCCAUUGGCAAACAACUACCGGCAAGUGGAAAUCCUGCGGAUUUUUACUUCAAACUCGUAAGUCCCGAUGCGAAUUCGUUUGCGGCGGGUGAAGCGGAUGAAGUCAUCCAUCGGUACGAGGUCGUACGGAAGGCAUGUCGAGAAAAUAUUGCUCGCAAGUGUCUUAUGACUCGGUAUCAUCAGGCAAAGAUCAUUCAGAAGCUGGCCAACGACAAACAUCGCGUGUGCCGGGCAAAACAAUUGAUGAUACUGCUCCAUCGCACUGCUCUCGAUAGUUGUCGAAAUGUGCGCGAAUACCUUACAGUGACGGCAAUAUUUUUGUUUACCAGCGUUGUGAUAGCGUCCCUAUACUACGAAGUACGUCCAGCUUCACAAACGUCAAUCCAGGACAUUCGCGGGGCACUGUUUCUGAUGAUAAGCGAACUGGUUUACACGAUCAGUUACGGUGUGUUCUACACGUUUCCCUCCGAGAUGCCGCUGAUCCGCCGAGAGGUCGGCGAGAAGAGCUAUAACCUUUCCGUGUAUUACGUCCACAAGGUUCUGUACAGUGUGCCGCGAGCAUUCUUCGAGUCAUUUCUUUUCAUUGGCGUAGUGUACGCAUUUGUUGGCUUCACGACGGAUAUCCUCACGUACUGCUGCAUGUCGCUGGUGGCUAGUGGUGCCAGUAUACUUGCCAUGGCUUACGGCUAUCUGCUUUCCUGCACAACCGGAACAAUGAAUAUGGCCAUCGAGACCAGCAAUAUCGUGUUUCUCGCCUUUAUGCUACUUGGUGGUCUCUAUCUUAACUUGCGCGCGUUUCCGCUGCUCAAGUACCUAUCAUUUUUCUUCUUCGCCAGCGAGGGAGUUUCUGUCUACUACUGGCUACCGAUGGAGUCGAUCCCCUGCAAUGAGCCGUCGAAUGUCAACGAAACAACCACCUGUUUAGCUAACGGGAAAGCCGUACUAGAGGACGCUGGAUACGCUACGUCUUAUGAGGCACUUCAUCUGAACUACCUUGUCAUGACGGUAGAAAUUGUCCUGAUACACCUGGUAGCGUACAUGUUGCUGCGGAAGUUUGUCCGUAAGGCGGGAUUCUACUGAUCCACCAAUUCGGUGGUACGAUUAUUAGUGAGCAAUAAAAGUUUACAGCUGUAAUUGUAUCGCGAGCACCAUUUGCUCAGUACAACAUCAUUGCAGGAUGCAUCCAUCAAAUUUACACUCAAA